CACAACGCCUAGCUAGUCGUUUGGUCGCAACGCCCCUGGCGAUGCCGCCCAGACUUCGCGCUCAGCAGGCUCCGGUUGAGGCAGAGGAGGUCACGAGGCUGAAAGCUGAGCUUCAAACGCUCUCUAGGACCCGUGGUACUCAAGACGUGUCUGGGCGAUACUCUCGGCUGCAUUCUGCUGCGACUCUCGCCGAGGUUGACAAGCUAGAUGGCAACGAGGAGGCGAGCGUACUGGCGUUGCUCGUUGCCGCUUAUGGUGCAGUCGGGCGGAGCAUUCUCGGCACUGCUGGCGCCAACUUGCGGGUGUGGGCAUUGCUCGGCUCCGAAAUUCACGAGCGCCGCACCCCGCAGCUGGUCCUGGCCCUGCUGCGCUCGGAUACUCUCAGCCUGCUCGCACAGAUCUGCUCAGCACUGGGCACGGCCGAUGGCGGCGAGGCUGCCGGUCCCUCCACCAGCAGCAGCAGUGCCAUCCCGCGCAGUGCACAGGUGGCCAUCGUCGGGCAGGUCUCUUGCAUGCUCUACAGCAUUGUGAGCACGACGGACGCAGAACAGCACGCAGUGCUAUCUGAUGUAGUCACCGCGCUCGGGCGCAGCCAGCUUCUGGAGCAUCUCGCCGGGGCCAUCCUGCGCCUCGCGGCAGUGCUGCCACCGGGCGUGCGCGGCAUCGGCGACCCGGACGCCGCUUUGGUUCGUUUCCACGGUGCAGGCCAGGAGCCAUCAGCGGCGUUUGAUGCGGAGGCGGACUGGGCUUGCCUGUGCCUGGCGGUCCACGCAGCGUGCCAGUCAGUGGUAGCGCUAGGGUAUUACAAUAAGUUGACUUUUGACUUCAGCAGGCUUGCGCCUGUGCCGCACCCGGCGUAUGCGGAGACGCAUCCGGCGGUGUUGGUACAUGUGUCCCAGCUGCGUCCGCUGCUGUCCGGGCGGUGUGUGCAGUGGUUCGUGGUAUGGGCGCUGCAGGCCGCGUGCCUGGGCUCUGAAGCUGCAAAGGCUCCUGCUGCGGCGGCUCCGGGCGCAGCCGCCGCGGCAGCAGCGGGGCCCGGGCCCUCCGGCCCCGACGCGCCACAGCAGGAGGUGCCGCGGAUCCUGCCCCUCCGUCUUCCACCAGCGCCAGCGGCUCUCCCGGCAGCUGGCACGCCUGUCGCCGCUUGUGCCCUUGUGGAAACGGCCGUGAUGCUGGUCUGGCAGAUGACUGUGAGCGGGCCCGGGCACCUGCCAAUCGUGCAGCCGCCUGUCGGCUACAGACCGGCGGCGACCCCAGUGCAGCAGAUGGCACCCGGUGCGGCUGCUGCCGGUGCUGGUGCGUAUGCCGCUGCAACUGCCGCGAACGCUGGUGCCGGCCGCUUGGGGCGGGCGGCGUUGCCCAGUGUUCCCAACAGCGCCGUUGCAGUGUACGACUUGAUCAAAGCGGGCUGGCCUGGAUUUUACGGCAUGGGCAGCGGCGUUAGUGGUACCGGUGACGGUGGAGGCGCCGGUGACGGCACACGUGUGUAUAUGUCAGCAGCGGCACCGCUGCUGUGCCGGCUGGUGACGGAGCUGCGGCCGCGCCAGGCGGCGGCGCGGCUGCCGGGGCUGUGGCGGGAGGUGCUGGUCCCAGAGGUGCGCGACCUGGCCAGCGCAGGCUUCGGCACUCUUGUGGCCGAGCUGCUUCGGCUGCAGGUGCCCGCACCGCCCCUGGCGGCUGGCGCGCCGCAACCGUCAGCACGGGCCAGCAGUUACAGCACUUACAGUCUGCGCUGCGCGCUGGACGCGGGGCUGCUGCCGGCGCUGGAGCGGGUCCUUCGCAACGAGCAGGCGUGGGCGAUAGGCAUCCCACAUGUCAGUGACCUCAGCAAUGGGCCUGGUCGCGCCAGUAGCACCGGUCCUCAACCCGGCGCCUGCAAUGCCUUCCACAUGCUGCGUGAAAUAAACGGUAGUUUACGCUAUUCGGGCUUGUGGCCGGCGGCGCUCGCGCACGCGCCGCCGGAGCAGGUAGUCGGGCUGGUGGCGACGAUGACGGCGGCCGCGCGGUGGCUUUCGCAGAAGCCGCCGGUCAUGCUAAGGGGCCGGCCGCUGGCGGGGCGCCUGAACAAGAUGAUGCCAUACCAGGGAGACGCAAUGGGGCUGCUGUGUGGCAACCUGGCAGCGCUGUUGGAGCAGGGGCUAGACCUGGCGGAGGAUGCGGCGGCAGCGGAGGGCUCGGCGGCAGCGGCACGUGCGGCGCGGGAGGAAGCGACGGUGUCGGUUGCAGGGGCUCCGGCGGGCUCCAGCAGCCACAGCCACCGGCGCCCCUACCUGCGGCUGAACGACGCGCUAGAGGCUCCAGAGUCCGCGCCCAUGCAGUGGGCGUGGCUGGUGGCUGCUGGCGGCACGCCGCCGGCUGGGUCGGCGGCGGCGGCACAGCGCGACUGGCUGUUGUCCUUCGCGGCACUGCAGUGGCUGCCGCUGCUGCUGGAGGAUUUAGGCGCCACUCUCGAUCAAAUUGUGGAACUGGAGGAAAGAGCCGCAGACGGAAAGGCUGUGGGCUUGAGCGCCAUUGGCUUGGAGACGGCGGUGGUGGUGCUGCGGGUGGCAGGGGGGGUGCUGGCGGCAGCCGCGUUGGCGCAGGCAGAUGCGGCAGAAACGGCACAACGAGUUACAGAUGACGACAGUACGGGGCAGGCGGCGGCGGGCAUGGCGGGAGCUGGCCAGGCGCAGCAGCGGCAGCAGCAGCAUCUCGAGUCCUGGCGGCCAUUCAUACUCGGGCUGGUGGACGGCGGGUACCUGCGGCCGCUAGUCGGCUACAUGGCAACACACACGGAGGAGUGGGUCGGCGGCAGUAGCAGCAUUAGCAGUGGCAGCACCGGCGACGGCACGCGCUGCGGUGGCGCAUACAAUGCGGAUGCUGAUGCUGCAGGCGGCGACGGCCUGGAGGGCUGCGUGUUGGAUGCGCUGGAGGCCUUCUGGGCGCACCGGCCAAAGGCAGUUGUGGGCCUCAUGCUGGUAGGGGCCCAUGAUCAGGGCGACUGCACCAGCAGGCUUUGUGACCAGAGCGACAGCGUUGGCAACACAGACAGCAGCUGCAGCAACGGCAGCAGCAGCAGGAGCAGCAGCCCAGCACCGGCCCAUCAGGUGGUGGUGGACCAGGAUCUAUGGGGUCUGCGACCGUUGCGGGAGGUGGCGGCGCAACACGGGCGGUCAGAGCUGGUGCAGCUGAUGGAUGCUGCGAGUGUGUCUUUGGCUGCUGCCUUGGAUAUGGCAGACGCAGCGGCGGCAGGUUGCGAGGCAAGUGUGGGACUACCGGAUGUGUCCUUCAGCCAGCAGGUGAAGCAGCUGCAGCUGAGGCUGCGGCGCCGUUACGGUGGCGCGGCAGAGGGCGGAGGCAGUGCAGAUGGCGCUGACCGCGACGCCACCGGCCGCCACCUGCGCCGUGCCUGGCGGCUGCUGUCGCCUUACGAGGUACGGCAGCAGGUGGAGGCCGCACUGGCAGCAGCAGCGGCGGCGGCGGCUGUAGCACCUGCGGCGGCCACCAGCAGCGCCGGGGCGGCCAGCGGCUCGGGUGGCGGCGGCGCGGCAUCAGUGGCCGCGGCGACUGCGGUUGCGCCUGCAGCCCUGUGCGCCAACCCCAGCUGCAGCAGCCUGGACGGCCCGAGCGCGCUGGUGCCUCCAGGCGGCGGCAAGACGUGCUCGCGGUGCCGUGCGGCCCGCUACUGCUGCGGCUUGUGCCAGCUGCAGCACUGGCGCGAGGAAGGCCACGCCACGCAAUGCCCGGGCGUGGUCGCGGCGGCCGCUCCUGCCGGCUCGGCUGUGGUCGUGGGCUCGGCUGCAGGCGUGGGUGCGAGCAGCGCGGCUGAGGAAGGGGCAACAUAAGAGGCAUGUGGCUUGUGUUGCAAGGGCUUGGGGUUGCGUGGGCUUGGGACUGCACUUACUACUAUGCGCAAACGCACGAAGUACCGUAAUGUGUAGGCACUCUUGUAUUGUUGGUUGCGAACGUGCCGUAGUUGCUCCGGUUGAAUUGCGGAUGGGGAACAGCGACUUGCAUUGCCACGGCGCCACUGGACUCUGUUGGCAGCUGGCACCGUGCUUGUGACCUCGGGCUGUGCAGUUGGCGCCGUUGGCUGUGGUGAUCGCACUUGCAUUGGAGUGGAAGCGCUGAGUGCUUUCUGAAAUGACGGUCGGCCGAAGACUUGUGGGACGAGUUAGGACAGGAUGCCAUGGUGGGACACCGGGAAGUGCGACCAGUGCAUCCGGAUCCGCUGGGUAUGGCUGGGCAGCGGGACUAUGUCCAUGGGGGCACCGCGAAGCACAAGGGUCCAGUGCAGGGGUAAGACCAGGGCGUCACGGUCAUUGCCUGCACACGGCCUACACAGAACGUGCCAGGGUUGGAUAGCCAAGGCAAUGCGGGCCGGUGAUUAUGUCCACUCCUGACUAUAUCGGAAUAUCCAGAGCGUAGGACUGCCAUACCUCGUGAUUACCAAGCCGGUUCGGCCCUCCGGGGGUCUGGACGUCAGUCUAUGUGGGAUGACUGGGUCGCAGAACCCGUGCAGAGCCCCUCCACCAUCGCAUCUCCUGCUUCUGAAUUGAUCACUCACUGUUCU